UGCACUCACGACAUCAAUGUGCAACAGUGAGCAGACAGUGGAAUACACUCUGGAUUUUACGGAGGUGGGUGGUGCUGGUGGAACGGUGACUGAAAUACAAUUCUCGUACACUAACCACGCCGAAUUUGAAGACGCGGCCGAGAAAACGGACACUCCAAAUGUCGAUGAUAUAGAAGACAUUCCAAUUGCUGCCUAUGACUCUGACUCAACAGGCCUUAGGACUGUAACUGUAGCUCAAGAAGACCUUGCAGAUUGUUCAAGUUAUACUCAUCUGUGCGCCGUAAUAGUUGCUGAAGAUAGUUCAACACUCGCAGAAGCAAGUACAGACAACAACGAUGCGUGUCUUCCAUUAGAUAGUUCCAAUACUAUUACAAGUACUACUACCACUACAAAUACUGAUACUCCAGACAACAGUACUACUACUGAUACUCCAGACGACGCCACUGCAGGUAGUGUGACAUCUACAGUUUCAAUAUUCCUUGCAUGGUCACUUGUUACCUUGGCAGUCAUAGUGAAACAGUGAAUCUCCUUAGGAUUUGUGCACUGACCGGCCUGAUUCGCAAAACGUCCACUAGCCAACAAAACCAAUCACUGGUGGAUUAUCUCUGCUACUAAAUUAUUAUUACGAUAUCAUCCUUCCAUACACAACAUGUUAAUGAAGAUUCAAUGAUGAAUAUUACUAUAAUUAUAAUCACGUUGAUAUAAUAAUAUAUGUGUAACACCAUGGGCUAAAAUUUUUCUAUAACUGUUUGUGUGUAUUUAUGAGUUAGUGG